UUCUUGCCUAUGCCGGAUUUCUUACCAGAGUUUGUUAAGUCUGCUCAACAGCUAAGGGAAGAAGGCUAAGAGUAAGUUUCAUUCCGCUGUCUUGGCUUUAAAAGUUUGGUUUGGACUGUAGCAUUGGAUAUGGCCUUGUUUCCAAUAUAUACUUCAAUAUUAAAAAAAAAAACAGAAAAAGGUUUUUAAAAACAUAAUUAUGACUCCAUAAUCUGCCAUGGGAAAGAUUGCUUUCAGUUACUUUCUAUGAGAACCCUAACCUAGGCAUUAUCAUUCUUUUUAACCUGCUCAGAUUUUCAAUUUAUGUCAGAAAACCCAUGUUAAUGUCGAACCUGCCCCUGCCUCAAGAGUAACCUGGUUUAACCUCUUGGGGCUUGUUGCAUCAUCAGCAAUAAUUGUCUUGCCAAUGUCACAGUCACUGAAGGAGCAAACAAGAUAACAGAUGCAAACGCCCUUUGAAAAGUUCACUACAUAUAAGUGAACCAUCACUAUUAUUCUCAAAGUCUUAUUUACAACCUUGGAUGGCUGAAUGAGCAUAAGAUGGCCAGACUUCACUGUUCCUAGUAAGUUUUCCAUAGCCUCUGCUUUAGGUGAAAUAAAUUUCCUCACCUCCAGUCUUUGCUUUGUUGACUGCUCAACACCCUCUUGUCUCGCUUGCUUUUCUGAGGGUGACCUUGACAGCAUCCCUCCAAAGAGAAGGGUAUUUCCCUUAUAUAGACAUGCAGGUGCAGUCCCACCAAAAUUUAUUGAACUCCAAGCUAGAACAACAGGUGGAGGUGCACCGAUGAAGAAACAGGGCCUCUGCCUUCAGGAGCUUACAAGGCCAUUAACAGAGAGUGAUAUUGAUCUUAUGCAAAUGACAGUUGCCGCCUACUUGCAGAAGAGCAGGGGCUACAGCCAAGCAGCAGGGGGCAGAAGAGGCUCAAGCUCGGCUCUGGAGGCCGAUCUGGCCAAAGCCAGGAUAGAAGCUCCCGUGACCCAUUCGUGUGUGCGACUUGGAAGGCAGCCCUUCUGCCACUCCCCUUUCUUAAAGCCUAGAGCAAAUAAAAGAUCCUUUUCUACUACAGUAGAUAUACCUGUAGUCAGGACUUUGAACUCACAGCUAUUCGCCGCACCAUUCCCUCUUAAGGAACUACUGCGCCCUCCAGCGGAAGAACAGCGGCAGAACUCCACAGCGGCAACUAAAAUCCCUGAACGCUUUAAAGUCCUUCUCCUCAAGAUACUCGGCUGCGUCUGGCCCCGCCCCCUCACUGAGUUCCGCCCCGGGCGCAACCUCAUCUUAUGGCACCGAUUGGCUGGCCCCUGUGCGUGAGGACGUUGCGCCGUGGGGAGGGGCGGACGAGAAGUGUCAGUCAGGCCGUGUGUCCCAGGCCGUCGACCCCGCUGUCGCGCUGCGUCUGCUCCUUGCAUGCCUUUAGAUGGUACAGCCUUCAGCCGGGGCUUCGGGAGACAGUGCAGCCGCCGAGCAUCUCUGCUGAGCUUCUCCGCCGAUCCUCCUUUUCUAGCAGGCAGCUCUUCUAGGCCACGUCCAGGUCGAGGGGGAAAAUGGCGCCGGCGCCCCUAGGCGUCCCGGAAGAGCAGUUGCUGGGUUGUCGAUCUAGAUUGCUUUCUCCGUUACUCUUCAUUGCCCAGACCGCUCUCCUCCUGUUGCCCGCCGCCGGAGCAGGUCUCUGCCCCGCGCCCUGCUCCUGCCGCAUUCCUCUCCUGGACUGCAGUCGCAGGAAAUUGCCCGCACCGAGCUGGAGGGCGCUGUCGGGCUUGCUGCCCCCCGACACCGCUAUCCUGGAUUUGAGUCAUAAUCAGUUGUCUAACUGGAACAUCAGCUUGGAAUCACAAACAUUACAGGAAGUGAAAAUGAAUUACAAUGAACUAACAGAAAUCCCAUAUUUUGGAGAACCUACAUCUAAUAUUACUCUACUUUCAUUAGUCCAUAAUAUAAUCCCAGAAAUAAAUGCACAGGCGCUCCAGUUUUACCCUGCUCUGGAGAGUUUAGACCUCAGCUCAAAUAUAAUAUCAGAAAUCAAGACAUCUUCAUUUCCUCGCAUGCAGCUUAAAUACCUGAAUUUAAGUAAUAACAGAAUAACCACCUUGGAGGCUGGUUGCUUCGAUAAUUUAUCAAGUUCCUUAUUAGUGGUAAAGUUAAACCGUAACCGAAUUAGCAUGAUUCCACCUAAGAUCUUCAAGCUGCCUCACCUCCAAUUCUUGGAACUUAAAAGAAACAGAAUUAAAAUUGUGGAAGGUCUUACAUUCCAAGGGCUUGACUCCUUAAGAUCUUUGAAAAUGCAGCGGAAUGGAAUUAGCAAACUUAAGGAUGGAGCAUUUUUUGGCUUGAAUAACAUGGAAGAACUAGAACUGGAACACAACAACCUUACACGAGUGAACAAGGGGUGGUUGUAUGGCUUGCAAAUGUUACAGCAGCUCUAUGUGAGCCAGAAUGCUAUUGAAAGAAUCAGCCCUGAUGCAUGGGAGUUCUGCCAAAGACUAUCCGAACUUGAUUUGUCCUAUAACCAGCUGACCCGCCUGGAUGAAUCUGCCUUUGUGGGUCUGAGCUUAUUGGAGAGAUUGAAUUUAGGAGACAACAGAGUCACUCAUAUUGCUGAUGGUGUAUUUAGAUUUCUUUCCAAUCUUCAGACAUUAGACUUAAGAAACAAUGAAAUUUCAUGGGCCAUAGAAGAUGCUAAUGAAGCCUUUGCUGGACUCACAAGUCUCACUAAACUAAUCUUACAAGGAAACCAGAUUAAGUCAAUUACAAAGAAAGCAUUCAUUGGUCUUGAAUCCCUUGAGCAUCUAGAUUUGAACAAUAAUGCUAUAAUGUCUAUCCAAGAAAAUGCUUUUUCUCAGACUCAUUUAAAAGAACUGAUUCUGAACACAAGCAGUUUGCUCUGUGACUGCCAUUUGAAGUGGCUACUUCAAUGGUUGGUUGAUAAUAACUUUCAACAUUCUGUGAAUGUAAGCUGUGCACACCCUGAAUGGCUAGCAGGGCAAAGCAUCCUGAAUGUGGAUCUGAAAGAUUUUGUCUGUGAUGAUUUUCUCAAGCCACAGAUAAGGACACAUCCUGAAACCAUAAUUGCUCUAAGAGGCAUGAAUGUGACUCUGACGUGCACUGCAGUGAGCAGCAGUGAUUCACCCAUGUCCACUGUGUGGCGCAAAGACAGUGAAAUCCUGUAUGACGUGGAUACUGAGAAUUUUGUUCGUUAUUGGCAGCAAGCUGGAGAAGCUCUGGAAUAUACUAGUAUCUUACAUCUUUUCAAUGUGAAUUUCACAGAUGAAGGAAAAUAUCAGUGUAUUGUUACUAAUCACUUUGGUUCUAAUUAUUCUCAGAAAGCCAAACUGACUGUAAAUGAGAUGCCAUCUUUUCUGAAAACGCCAAUGGAUCUGACUAUUCGCACUGGUGCCAUGGCCAGAUUAGAAUGUGCUGCAGAGGGACACCCUGCACCUCAGAUUUCCUGGCAGAAAGAUGGUGGUACUGACUUUCCUGCGGCUCGAGAAAGACGCAUGCACGUCAUGCCCGAGGAUGACGUCUUCUUUAUUGCCAAUGUGAAAAUAGAAGAUAUGGGAAUCUAUAGCUGCAUGGCACAAAAUACAGCAGGAGGUCUCUCAGCAAAUGCUUCCCUAACAGUGUUAGAGACACCCUCAUUUAUUAGACCCCUGGAGGAUAAGACAGUAACCCGAGGUGAAACUGCGGUGUUACAGUGCAUAGCUGGAGGGAGUCCUGCCCCUCGUCUCAACUGGACUAAAGAUGAUGGGCCUUUGCUGGUGACAGAACGACAUUUCUUUGCUGCAGCCAAUCAGCUUCUCAUCAUUGUAGAUGCCGGGCUAGAAGAUGCUGGGAAAUAUACCUGCAUUAUGUCUAACACCCUUGGGACAGAACGUGGCCACAUUUACCUAAAUGUCAUUUCAUCCCCCAAUUGUGACUCUUCCCAGAGUAGCAUUGGGCAUGAAGAUGAUGGCUGGACCACAGUUGGCGUUGUCAUCAUUGUUGUGGUCUGCUGUGUUGUUGGCACUUCUUUGAUCUGGGUCAUUGUUAUUUACCACAUGAGAAGGAAAAAUGAAGACUAUAGUAUCACAAACACAGAGGAGCUCAAUCUGCCUGCAGACAUUCCCAGCUACUUGUCUUCCCAAGGAACGCUGUCUGAGCCACAGGAAGGCUACAGCAACUCUGAGGCAGGCAGUCAUCAGCAACUUAUGCCUCCUGCCAAUGGAUAUAUACACAAAGGCACUGACGGUGGCACUGGUACCCGGGUGAUUUGCUCAGAUUGUUAUGACAAUGCCAACAUCUACUCCAGGACCCGAGAAUACUGUCCAUACACCUAUAUUGCUGAGGAGGACGUUCUUGAUCAGACACUGUCCAGCCUCAUGGUCCAAAUGCCUAAAGAGACAUAUUUAGUACAUCCUCCCCAGGAUACUACUGCCCUAGAGAGCCUGAUACCGUCAGCCAACAGAGAGCCAUCUGCCUUUCCCACCAACCAUGAGAGGAUAAGUGAGAAGAAACUUCCCUCCACACAGAUGAGCGGUGCUUUUCAUCAGCUUUCAUCCUUCUGUCAGCCUGACAUGGAAGAGCACUGGAAUAGGAUUAUGUCCCACAGGUUACAGGAUCAUGCUUUUGAUUUUAAUUUUAGUAGGACUUGGAACAUUCAAGAUGGUAGUGAGGGCACAUGAAACUCUUCAGGAUGAAAUCUGGGCAGAGACUUAUUAAUUAAUUUUGCAUUUACUACUUCAUGUCCCACAUUAGAUCAUUUACUCCUGCCAGAACCAUUCCUGCAAGUAUCUGAGUUAGGCUCACUUUUUUUUUUUUUUUUUUUUU